UGGCCACCAUGUCGGCCUGCACGUUCAUCUAAUCCACCAGUGUACGCAUUUAUUCUUCUUGGUCCCGUUGCUGCCGCGCCGCUUAGAGCGAUGCAGUCGCGAUUGCAGACCCUCUUCUCCCCUCGCUGGUCAGUCAGUAAGGUAGAAAGUCCCUCGGGGGGAUGGGGGGUUGCAGAGAUGGAGCAGACGCAGGAGCUGCAGGCAAGGAGGACCAAUCUGUUCCAACGUCAGCGGUCUUAGACUACCUGAUGACCAUCCCUUAUCGUUACUAGGUAAGGUAUUAAUGAGACUGUCGAGGCCAUAUCGUGAUGUGUUUGCUGGCACAGUUCUCAUAUUGAGGACUCGACCGAAGCUGCCUUUACGGCUAUGUGGCCCCUUUUACGCAACUCAUGCAACGAGACAUGUAGGAGGUGUUCUUCCUCGGAGGCCAACACAUGGC